AUGUCAUAUACCAAUAAAAGUGAGGAAACCAAAAAUUUAACCAUUGAAAAUGACAAAGAUGUGGUUCAUAUAGAUGAUAUACCUCAAAAUUACCCUACCGCAGAAAUAAUUAAUUUAUCAAAUAUUUUUAACCCACCUGAGACAUCGGCGAUAAUCAUCUUAAAUCAAGAAUUUGACAUAACUUUUAAGCUGUUUACGAAAAUAUGGGAAAAUUAUAAAUUAAAAAUUUGCGCAGAUGGUGGUGCCAAUAGGUUGUUUGAAUUUUUAACAAAAGAACAAAAUAUCACGACUUCCAUAGAUACUGUCUUGGUUGAAAAGUAUUUACCUAAUUUUAUAAUAGGAGAUCUGGAUUCUUUGAAACCUGAAAUUGCUGAUUUUUACAGUAGGCAUAAAGUGAAAAUAAUCCAGCAGAAAACUCAAUAUUCAUCAGAUUUAACUAAAAGUUUGCAUCUAUGUUAUACGUACUUCCUUUCAUUAUCUUCUAAAGAUGAUCCAUUGGACCAGAUAUUUCAAGGCGACAGGUCAAACAACUAUGGUGUUGAAUUAGAAAAAGGUAUACACACGUUGUUUAAAAAGCAUAUGAACCAAAACAAUAUUUUUAGUAGAUGUCAAAUUGUAUGCAUUAAUGGUAUUGGUGGACGAUUUGAUCAAACUAUACAAUCAAUACACCAUUUAUACGAUAAUUAUCAUUGUAAAAAUGGAGAGUUGUUAUUUAUCACUAAGGCUGAUAUAAUAUUUAGUAUAGCUGGUCAUGAUGAUGGUGGUUGCUUUUUACAAUAUGAUUCGACCUUUUUUCAAAAUUGUGGAUCCUGUGGCAUUUUGCCAAUUGGUAAACCAACAACAAUCAACUUGACAAAGGGAUUGAAAUGGGAUGUUGUCAACUGGGAUACAGAUAUUGGUACUGGUGGUUCUGUGAGUACUAGUAAUUAUUUUGUCAACGAUUGUGGUAUUUAUAUAAAUUGUAAAGAUGACUUAAUUAUGAGUAUUGAGUACAAUUGGUCCUAG